AUGGCUCGCAUUUUCAAGGUCGGCGGCUUACUGUGCGUUGGAAUCGUCCUGCUUCUAGCUCUCGCCCUCACCCCUGCAGACGCCAUGUACGCCACGUCCGCCGAUCUGGACCGCGAGGGAACGUGUUACCGCGGUCAGUUCAGCUACGGCGAAAGCUCGGAUUUCGACUUCGGCAAGCGCAGCUGCUUGGAGGGCAGCGUGCUGGUGCGAGCGGUCGGCCAGAACGGCGACUUUAAUCUCAACUUCGCCGCGUGGGACAGAAUCGUCGCCGACCGGGCCGCGGGGCGCGUGGAGAUCGACUAUCGCAGCGUGGACUGCCCUAGCAACGGCGGAUUGAAGGUCAGACUCGUGGACGAUAGCAACUCGUACAACUUCGCGCUUCAGAUUCUCGGAGCGGCGGGGAGCGGAGGCGUGGAGAACGUCGAGCUGUCGAACGACGGGUCGCAGUGGGCGAGCAUGACGACGUACGGAUGGGGCGCCACGUGGGUGCUCAAUCCCGCCAAGGACGUCGUCGAUGCGGGGCGCCCCGUGAGCGUGCGCGUGACGGGCGGCGGGCAGCAGGUGGUGUUGCAAGACGUGAUUCCGAGCGGAUGGAGUGCCGGGACGACCUACGAGAGCAGCACCAACUUCUAG